UUUCUAAAUUUCUGGACUUCUCACUUUCAAAUAUUUUUUAGAUUAACAAUGUCAGCGGCGCUAGAAAUGAUUAUGGUUUUAUCAAAAUUGAAUAAUUUACAUAGUUUUAUUGAUAGAAUUAAUUGUUAUAAACAAGCAUUCAGUAAUGAUGGAAAUAUUCUUGAAUUGAUCUCAAAGGCAAUAAAUGGUAGUUGGACUAUCCGAUUCGUUAAAGAUGUUUUUGAAAGUUUCGAAAAUGAAGAGGAUGGUGGAUGGAUUUUUGAAAAAUUUACACUUAUAUUUGAUGAAUUUGGUAUUGGGAUUGAUCUCACUUCAAAAUCUGGUACAAAAUCUGGUCUCUCCAUUCAUGAAAAAUUAGUGCAAUGGCUACAAAAAGAAGGAUUAUUACUCGUGAAAAACUGCUUGGAAAAACAAAUUGAAUUUUCGUGUAUUAGAGCUAUAAGGGCUUGGGGAAUUGCUAUAAGAAUGUUUGGAUUUUCAGAGAUUCAACCAAGUGGAAAGACAAAUUCGUGUGUCUCUGUUUUUCCUUUGGCAAUUCGUUCAGUGCAUUUGAGUGUUGCGAAAGAGGCUUUUCGAUCCUGGAAAAUUCUUGCGACAGUAUUUGCUAGUGAUCCAAGGUGGAGUAUGCUUGUUCUAUCUUCUGAAAAAAGUGCAAAAAUUGCCAGUCGGCUUGAACUUAUUCUUAAAGCUUUAAAAUACAAACAAGUCCCAGAAAUGGCUAGAGAAAUUUUUGAUUGUUGGUGGUUUUGUUGUAUUUCUCUCGAAUCUCGUCUUUCUAUCCAUUUUGAAGAUGUUGCACACGGUCUUCUUCGUUAUUGUGUUGGGGGAACAACCGAUUAUAAAUCAACUAACGAGGAAUUUUCAAUUAUUUAUCAAAGUGUUAGUGGCCCUUUAGGCACAAAUCUUGUUUCUUUACUUAAUUCAAAAUUGGAAAGAAAAGCUUAUUCGCAUAUUACUUUAAAGGAAAUACCUGAAUUGUGGCCUCGUCUUUUGGAUGUUUUAGAAUCUCUUAUAAUUGUGUCGCCGAAAUUACAUAAUGCAAAACCGUGCGUUUUUGAUAAUCCAAUUGUUCUUGUUGAUCAUAGUGUUUACGCAAUGCAAUGUAUUCGGUUUUGCGACGUUAAAUGCGAUAGAAAUAAAAUAGUUAAAUUUGAGGAAAGAAUUACGAAUUUAUUUGUCACUCUAUUUAACAAUAUUUACAAUCUUUCACCUUCUACUGAUAUAGAUCGCUCAGGCCAAUUAGUUUUGUUUCUUGCACAAUUUAUAGCUUGGACGAAGGAAACAACCAUGCAAUCUGAAUCACUAAAAAAUUGCAUUUCUCAAAUCAAAAAUCGCAACCCAUUUUCACAAAUUGAGCCUGCACACACAUCUUACAUUGAACAACUAAGGGAAGGGCUCGAAAUAGCGGAAACGAAUACCUCUGUUGUGGUUGAUGAAUCCGUAGAAGAUAGGCCUAAUGAAAUAGAAGAAGAAAAUAUUGAAGAAGAAUCAAUUGAAGAUGUAAAUAAAAUUGUCGCUGAAAUUAUUGAAGGAUUAAUAGAUAGUUCAGAAAAGGCGAAUAAUUUAAUAAAUGAUGAAUCAACUAAUUUACAAGAACAAACUUUAUUGAAUACUCCUUCAACUGUUGUGGAAUGCGGUGAGGCAAUACACAAAAAUUUAAAGGCAAUAAAUAAAACUCCGGCUAGGCGCAGUUUUACAUCUAAAAACGCAGGAUUUGGUUCACCAGGAAUAUUAAGAAAAAGAGAACUUUCAAGCGGUACUAGCAAAAGUGUUCAUUGGUCACCUGUUCUUGUUCGUUCACGUUCAAAAUCACCCGACACUAGAAAGUUGCAACGUUUAGGCAGCGGCAAAUCUGCUUCCACUUCUCUUUGCAAUGGUUUCUUUUAUAUUAGAUAA